AUGAUCUUUGCUAUGAAGCAAGGAACAACCGAAAACUUGAUGCAUUUCAAGGAACGAUUCUUGAGACAGGCUGAAGUCCUGCAAAAUCUAUAUGGCGUGGCCUGGUUCCGAGAUUUUGCAGUCAAGACGAAAGCGUAUGCUGCUAUUGCUAGCACCGAUACUGCUGCUCAAAACAAGUUCAAGGAUGAUAUCUUCAAAGCCGUUCUUGCAACAGGAUUUCUGUGCAACUGCGAUCAAACGAGAACAGCUCCUCUGAUGCUGGAUCUUCAGACAAACUAUUGCAGAGAAGUGCAUUAUUAUCCAAAGACGGUCAGCAAAGCACAAGAUAUGUUGAAGAUUCACAUGGAAGUGAUUAAAAAUCCGGGAGUGAACCUCUACCAAGGAAAAGACCAACCUAAUAAAGGUAAAGGUAAAGGAAAAGGAAAAGGAAAGGGGAAGCCGAAGGAUGGAAAGAAGGCAGUAUGUUAUGUAUGUGGCAACGAAGACCAUAUGUCUCCAAAAUGCCCAGACAGACUGCUACCAAAGACCCAAUGGAAGAAUCAGGAUCAAUAUGUCGACUAUGGGAAGAAGCUCAAUCUUAAUCAGAUUGGAGCAACUGUCCCAGCUACUGUUCCAGCUAUAGUUCCUGGAGCUUCAGCGUCCACAAGUGGAGCAUCAAGUGUUGUGGGAAGCGUUAACACACCUUUGCAACUUGCUGGUACUACAGGUAAUCAAAUGAUGCAAGUUCCUUCUGGAAUGCAGCUCAUGCAGAUUCCAACUCAAGGUGGCGGCACUGUUACAGUCCCUUAUUCUAUGAAUGCUAUCGGUGAGAUUGCGUUCAGUGGAAUGCAACUCAGCCGACAAGGCUUCAGUGGUGCUCAAGUGCGCCAAGAAUUUGAUGCAACUCAAGCUCAAACUCCGCAAGCUGUGAAAACCGGAUAUUUUGAUACGUCAAAUGUCUUUCACAAUGCUAUCAAGGGAAAGGAUGAGAAUGGCAAUGAUGUCUAUCUUAUUCCAUGUCCUGCUGGUAGAACAAAUGUCAAACUUCAAGUUGACUGGCAUUAUGCUAGUGAAGAUGAAGAUUUGCCUGAUCUUGCUACUGAAGCAGAUUGA